ACUUGUUGCCGCCUGGCAACUCUAGACUCUGUUCCACACAUUGUUUUCUUUUUUGACAACUCUCAUUUUUAGUAAGUGAGCUCUGUCAUCCACAAAAUUAACGAAACAGGGUCGAACGAUAUUGAAGUUAUCCAGCAUGUCCGAGAAAUUGCGAAGCUUCAGCUCGAAGCUGUUCCAGAUGGCCAAGGGCGGCUUCAACUGGACAUCGGUGCGUCCAAAGGCUACCUCAUCUGGGCGCACAUUUUUCGCCGGACGUCCCAAACUACUAGGUGCCCUGGGAGUCCUAACCGGAGGGGCAGGACUUCUGAUGUACGCCUUGGAGACCAGUGUUGACGCUUCUUCAGAUAGCGUCCAUCCACCGCACCAGGCCUGGAAUCACACAGGAUUGCUGGCUGCCCUGGACAAGGAGGGUGUGCGACGCGGUUAUUUUGUUUACAAGGAGGUGUGUUCCAGUUGCCACUCGCUGCAAUACAUCGCUUAUCGCAACCUGGUCGGGGUGUGCAUGACCGAGUCAGAGGCCAAAUCGGAGGCGGAGGGAAUCACUGUUAAGGAUGGCCCCAACGAGGAGGGGAACUAUUUCGAUCGCCCGGGAAAACUAUCCGAUCACUUCCCAUCCCCGUACCCCAACGAGGACGCGGCUCGUUCCGCCAACAACGGAGCUUAUCCGCCGGAUUUGAGCUACAUCGUGUCCGCACGCAAGGGGGGCGAGGAUUAUGUCUUUGCACUGCUCACCGGAUACUGUGAGCCGCCAGCUGGUUUCACUUUGCGCGACGGGCAGUACUUUAAUCCGUACUUUUCAGGAGGCGCCAUUUCCAUGGGCAAAGUAAUUGACAACGAAGUGGUCACAUAUGCCGACGAGAACGUGGCUGCCUCCGCUGCGCAGAUAGCCAAGGAUGUGUGUACCUUCUUGAAGUGGACAUCUGAACCGGAAUCGGAUGAACGUCGGCUGUUGCUCAUCAAGGUGGUUAUUAUGUCUGCCUUCUUGAUAGGUAUAUCCUAUUACAUCAAACGACACAAGUGGUCGGCGCUGAAGUCACGCAAAAUCUUCUAUAUUCCGGAGUUGGAGCGCCAAGCUGCCAAGGCGGCCCAAGAAGCCAAGUUGGCUGCUGAAAAGUCCGCGAGCGAGCAGUGCAACAAAUGCGAGGACAAGAAUCCUAAGAAGGAUUAGUUUUAUAUUCCUUCAAAUAAAGGUUUUUAAAUUUAUACCGCAA